UUCCGUAUAAAAGGCCACGGUGUAAGCCUUAAAAGCAUCCACAGUUAACUAACCGUUCAUACAGUUACAAAUAGUUCUUUCUCAAUAACUACAACUACCAAGCACCAUAAUGUCGAAAUUCUUUGGAGUUCUAGCGGUGGUGAUUCUUGUUCAGUAUGUGAUUGCUGAAACACCUGCACCAGUAACAGAUGAAAAAGUUGCAGCCCCACUACAAACAAAUACUUGUAACACUUAUGAAGACUUAAAAAAUGUUGAUUUUUCGACUUUUCAAUCGGUAAUUGGAAGUGAAAAUAAUGGAAAUUUGGCAGAAAUUGCAUCAUUGAAACCAAGUUUUGAUGCAUGGAAUGCAAAUCAACAAGACGAAAACUUAAAACAAACAUUCUUAACCGCGAUUGACACGGCGUUUAAGACUAAACCAGAUGAUUACUCGGACUUUAGACAACAGAUUAUAGAUGCAGAGACAGAAGCGAAUGGUAAAUCUUCGCUUCCUACAACAUGUGACGCUUCGACCCCAUAGACAAACACCAUUUACCAAGAUUUGUUUGUAUAGUUUUUAAGCAAUAUUUAUUAUUAAACUCCGAAAACACAAUAUUUGUUAAACAGCACUAUAUCGUUUUAAAAAAAUAUAUUUAAUAAUUCGGAAGUGUUAUUUAACCUGAUACAUAUCUUCGAAAAUUAUUAAAAUAAAGUUCACGAGCAUUUAA